AUAUAUAUUUGUUCUUGUUCUUGUUCUUCCUAACAGAUCUAGCUACUGGAUCCAUUGAUUUGUGUAAAAACACAGAGUAGAAGAUGGGAAGGGGAAAGAUUGAGAUAAGAAGGAUAGAAGACUCUAGCAAUAGGCAAGUAACAUUCUCAAAGAGGAGGAAUGGACUGCUUAAGAAAGCAAAGGAACUUGCCAUCCUUUGUGAUGCAGAAAUCGGUCUCAUCGUCUUCUCCAGCACUGGCAGGCUCUAUGACUAUGCCAACACCAAUAUGAAAUCAGUUAUUGAUCGAUUUGGCAAGACAAAAGUGGAGCAGAAACAAGGGUUGGACAUGCAUUCAGAAAUAAAGAUAUGGCAAAAGGAGGCAGGUAGCCUGAGGCAACAACUUCAUAGCCUGGAUGAAGCUCAUCGAAAAUUGUUGGGAGAACGACUUUCACAGUUAAGUGUUAAAGAUCUAAAAGAUCUAGAGGUUCAACUAGAAAGGAGUUUACACAAUGUCCGCAAGGAGAAGGGUCAAGCUCAGAGGUCAGAAAUUCAAGAACUGCAUCAUAAGGUGAACCUUGUUCAGCAAGAAAACAUGGAACUUAAGAAGAAGGUAAACGUAAUGAGUCAAGAAAACGUGGAAAUGUACAACAAGGUUUAUGCAUGGGGAUCAAAUGAAGGUGUUAACAGAGGAAUGCAUACUUCUUAUAGCCUCAUGAAUGAAAAUAUAUCCCUCCAUCUCCAACAACAACAACAACAAGAUGUGGCUGUGGCACAACCAAUAUCUCCAAAGUUUGGCAUGCUUCAACUCCUUUAGGAAGAUAUUCAAACAUCUGCACAACUUCAUUUGUAGGAUAUUUAGUCAUGAUGUAAAAGGACAUGUUGUUUCAGAUCAUCGCUGAUCCCUUUAAGUGCUUGAUUAUGUUGACUGUAUUUGCUGACUAGUUGCAUAUUAAAAAAUGACAGUAAUGUUUUCA